ACGUUUCAGUCUCCGCCCAACUUGCGGUUAAAUCGAUUGAUUCUCUUGUUCAUUACACAAAUUAAACAGUACGUGUUACCCUCACUGGCACUGGAUAGUCGCUGGGAUUGUCAAUACUAAUCGCACGUUUUCAAUAUAGUUCAAAAUGAAGCACCUCGCAGCCUACCUCCUCCUCGCCCUUGCUGGCAACGAGAGCCCCUCUGCUUCCGAUAUUAAGGAGGUUCUCUCCUCCGUCGGUGUUGACGCUGACUCUGAGCGCCUCGAGAAGCUCAUCGCUGAGCUCCAGGGCAAGGACAUCAACGAGUUGAUUGCUGAGGGUACCACUAAGCUCGCUUCCGUUCCCUCUGGCGGUGCUGGUGCUGCUGCCGCUCCCGCUGCUGGUGGCGCUGCUGCUGCUGAGGCCCCUGCCGCCGAGAAGGAGGAGGAGAAGGAGGAGUCCGACGAGGACAUGGGCUUCGGUCUCUUCGACUAAGCGCAUCAACUGCCUCCCUGCAAAAAGUGGUAUAUUCGUGGGGGACAGGACUCUGGCUGUUAAAUUCAAUAUUGGAAAGAACACUGCUAGCCAAGCCUGCAUAUCUGCGGCUUGUGUAAUGCUGUUACGAAUUAUGCAUACGUGAGCUCGAAAGAGUGGUAGCCAAUACAGAUCG